GUCUAGGUUGAAAGAUACAGAAAUUCCCUUUUGAAGUCUUAACUUCCAAAUGAUUUUAGUAAGCUCCAGAGGUCUUCUAAAUCAGUUGGAAGUGUAUGACGAUAAGUUGAUAAAAGAUACAAGGUUUUUCCACUCUCCUGAACAACAUGAAAAGGUUCAUGACAUGAUGGAGUCAUCAUGAAAACAACCAAAUACACAUUAAUAACAGUUUUCAAAAUGUUCACAAAAAUUAUAAAAUAUACAGUGCAAAUUAUAUUAGCUUGCCUGUGGAGUACAAUAAUUCUGGUGGGUUUGACAGACGAUUAAAACGUUAAAUUUUUUUAUGUUGAAUUUAUACAAAGCUUCUAAGUGAUGGAGGUGUGUAAAUUGUAGCACAACAUACUGCAGGUUUUACUGUUUGACUUUAUGAAAUAAUAUAAUCUGAUUUCAAAUUACCACUGGAAUAUGUCCAUGAAUCUGACAGCAUCUGCUCUGAUGUACAGUUCAAGUAUGAACAAGAUGUACAGAUUCAUCUUUCAAGAUUUACUCAACAAAAGCUCAUGUGAGGACAGCCAGCCAGCCUGUAGGAGUGGAGAGAUACUGUAACCUAAGAGUGGGAGAACAAUCCACUCUGUCCUUACUCUCCACAUAUUCAAGGUGUCGGAAACUGUCAGAGGUCUGCAGGAUCUAUGUUGGCUUGAACCACUGAAUCGCCACUUGCUGCUAUAUUUUCUUUUAGGUUCUGUUGGGUUGGUUGGAUAGGUGUAAUUGUUUGAUUUCUUUCCCCCCUCCAAUUUGUUUUGUACUUCUUAUUUUAAUUUUUUUAUAUGUCGAGUAUGAGAAGAGCUUUCCCUUCAGAACUGUCAGAACUGCUUUAGCUGUUUCCCAGAGUAUUGUUGGUGAGAUACACACACAGACAAACACAUUCACACUAAGCUGCAUGUGUUUGGACUGUGGGAGGACCUCAAAAGGCUCCACCUAGCCAGUGGAAUUAAACAGCAUUGGAGAAUUUUACUUUGUCUGGUUGUUGUAUUUUUUAUUCUUUUUUAAAUAACACAUUCAGAAGAGUAUGUAGCCUUGGUAAAGUUAUGUGGCUUUUUAGUGAUUUGUGGUUUGCAGGAUAAAAUAAUGUUUUACUUGUAGUUCAACAAGGCUAACAUUUGACUGAAACUGGGAUAAGAGGUUGUGUUUUUUUGUGUUACAUUGGUAUGCAUACUUUUCACCACUAUAAUACUCCCAUGUAUGUUACAACAAGAGUUAAGCGACAAACAUGUCAGGACAGCCAGCCAGCCUGCGGGAGGGGCGAGUAACUCUGCAACUUAAGAGUGGGAGAACAAUCGACUCUCUGUCCUUACUCUCCACAUGUUCAAGCAUUGCAGGAACCAGUCAUGGCUGCAGAAGCAAAGCAGACUUGUUUUGAGGGCAGGACUCUCCAAAACUUUCAGGUCUACCUAGAACAGUCGAGAGACCACGAGGUCAGUCUCUGGUUUGUUCACAACAUCCUGCCAGGUGAAUUCAAAAGGUGAAAUUGAUGCCCAUAUGCUCACUCUACUACAGUCUACAUUUCCUGCUGUCCCGAUCACUGCUGACAUCGUGGAGGGCAGCUCUCAGCUCACAGACAACUUCAAAGCUUUGGUAGCAAAGACCACCAACCUUCAGAAGAUCCCAUUUGCUUGGUAUAUCAUGCACAGUGAGGACUAUGAGAGGCAAGUCAAAGAAAAAGGAGACAUGAAGACUUUUGACUUCAUACACAUGAUUCAUAUGAUCUACUAUGUGGAUAACCUCGCUGACACCAUCAAGUUCUACCAUAGCCUUCUGAAGAACAAUGGCAGUGUUAUGAUCAUCAUUGGAGCAGAUAACAGUGGCUGGGACGUCCUGUGGAAGACUUACACAAAGGAGCUCUGCGUUGGUGCCAUCACAGAGUGGCGCUCAUCAGGAGAGGUUAUUUCCUGCCUGAAGAGCCAGGGUCUGAAAUAUGAGGAGCACGUGAUUCCCAACACCUUAGACAUCACUGAGUGCUUCAAUCCAAGCAGCCAGACUGGACAAUGUCUGCUGAAUUUCUUUACAAUCAAAGAUAAUUUCUACCAGUCAUUCACCCCAGAGAUCAGAGCAGGCAUUUUAGACCUUCUCAGGAACAAGUGCAGCUCUAAAAAAGAUAGCAGGGUGUUCUUCAACAAUAAUGUGUGCUGCAUACUUUAUAUGCUGCCAUUUGAUCAAAAGUUCAGUAUAUUUUCCUGUUGCUAAAAUGAAGUUCACCAUGGGGUGUACUUUUCAGUCUCUUUAAACUAUAUUCACCUCUGUAUGUGUACCAAAAUGAUAAAAACAAAACAAUUUAGUUGCCAUUUGGUGAUUAAAAUCACUAAAAUUGACUCUGUGUGCCUUACAAAACAUUAGCUUUCGAAAAACAAUCAUAUCCAAAGAGUUUACUGACUGACACACAAUUCUAGCUAUGUGGUGAGUUUUGAAUUGAUUUUGUCAACCCAAUUGUAGCAGUACAGUAACAAUUAUUAAUAUUUACUAAUUCAUCAAUACCAAAAUAUCUAACGAUAAUUGAGAACUUAAAAGUAUCCCAUAAACAAAUCAAUUGGCAUUAAAGGUAAAGGGGAGUAAUAGGGUUUAACUUUGACAAUCAGGAACAAUGAGUGGUAUACAAAUUAAUGGAAUUCUUGACCUCGAAGCAGCACCUAUCAAAAUAAGAAUUUGAUAGCCAUAAUUAAUUAAUCCUAGCCUUGUAAUUUCAUGGCUACUACUGGAGUUCUACUAGAUAUUUCAUACACACAAACCAUGGAACCAAGUUCUUUAUAAAUGAAGAUUUAUUGAAUUAAUAACUACAGAUUAAACUAAUAAACAAAUUGUUGAACAGAGGUUCAGUUGAAAACCACAAAACAGCUAAAACUCUAUUACUGCUUUAGAAAUGUAUUAAUCCAAAAACAGCUAAAACUCUAUUACUGCUUUAGAAAUGUAUUAAUCCAAAAACAGCUAAAACUAUAUUUACUGCUCUGAAAUGUAAGAAUGGUAAAACUAUAUUACUGAUACUACUAUAUUCACUGCUUAGAGAUAUAUUGGUGGGGAUUGCUUUAUGACGGGACAUGGUUACACGUGAAAUUUCUGCACGUGUUUUCUGACUUGUAUCUGCAUUAACUUGGGGCACCCUAUAAGGUCAUAAAAAUGGUGAAACAAACCUUGCUGCGCCUGGGGGAGUGAACCUAAGUAAAUGUACAUAUAUAGGGGAGCUUCACUGGCAGGAAACAGAGUUGGGGCAUUUUGUGCUACAGAUGCAGGGAUUUCAGUACCUCAGCAUUCAUAGGAAUUUUCUUUCAAUCUAGCUUAUCUGCUUUUUUAAUUUUCUGCUUCAAAUAAAUUAAAAAUACCUGAGCUCGUGUUGAGCUAGGGCACCAAAAACCUUGUGAAUCUUUUGUGCCUUUUUUGGAAGACUUUCUCUCUUUUUUCUCCACCCCUGUCGAAUAGUUGGGGGACAGCUCAGACUCCUCUUUAACCGCCCGUGGUGAGUUGCAGCCCGGCGGGGACCGAUUUUGACAGUCAGACCUCCAGUUAUCUCUCAGCGGAGUGCAUUUCCAGCGGAGUGGAACCUUCGGUGAUCCUGGGAGGAGCGGCCUUAAACUGUAAGUACUUAAGAAAAAUCAUUUGGUUGUAAAGAUGCCCUUGGGUAGUGCUUUUCAUACACAUGGGGUUAAGAGCCCGUUA